AUGAUGGCGAAUUCGCCCGGGCCCAGGCUGGCGCAUCUCAUGAAGAUGGCCUUGGACGAGUUCAGCCUGCUCGAGGCGCGGUUCCCCGGAGACCUGGACCAGGCGGUUGGUCUGCUGCUAAAUGGCGCUCGGUACAAGGAUUGCGCAAUCCAGAACGCGGUCAACGCCGUCCAGCACGUGGUCAAGGGCGGCGCGCAGGAAUCCUUGGUGAACCCCGUGGUUCGUGGCUUGGGGGCUCUGCACGUCCGCCUGGACGAGCUCCAAGCGAAGGGGCCCAUGGACAGGGUGGGGCCAGGGAAGGGGCCCCUGGAGAACCACGAGGGUCGGGAUCGAUCCCAGGAGCAGCGCUCGAAGUUCAUGGCAAGCAUCUUCGCGGAGGUGGCCUCCCUCCAGCUCGGCGCAGUUGGCUUCGCCAGCAAGGAGCGGGAUUAUACAGGCAUCCCAUCGAAGAUGUUGCAGGAGGUGCGCGCCAUGGCGAUCUCCGCGGCGCCGCUCGUCACGCCUGACAUGCCGGCCCACGCGCUCGCGUCGUGUCGCCGCCGGGUGGUCGAGGAGCUGGAGGCCAAGAAGAAGCCGCAGCAGGAGCUGGCCAAGGAGACGGCGGGCAAGCCGAAGCUGGGGGCGAUCGAGGCGGCGAAGCCAGACGGGGCGCCGGCGUCGGGCGGCUCGGGCGUCGAUCGGCGCAGGCGCCCCAGUCGAGCGCGACCGGGGGUGGCGCGACAGCAGACGGGGCGGCGGCAGUCGCGCAGCCUGCGGUCGCCCCGAAGAAACACCAGACGGAGCCGGAAGUCAUCGCUGUGGGCGACAUCGCGAUGA